UAUGAUACAAGCCCUAAAAAGUAGAGUAUUUAAUAUUUAUAUUAUUAAUUUGGAAGUUGACGUUAUUACAUGUUAUUGCCGAGCAGAGUACAAUAUUCUAAUUAAUUGUCUAAAUGAUUAAAUAUGAGGCAUGUUUUUUUUCUGAACUUUAAAUCAAAGGAACUUCUAAUCUUUGUUGAUUUGUUUUAUGGAAAAAGAUGAUAGGACCUGAAAAAUGGCAAGAUGUACAAUUACAUGUCCGUGUUGUUGGCGAUUCAAGUUCAGCGCUGAAGAAAUGGAACAACGGUAUAGAAGUAAAGAAAUUGACAAACUUAUAGACAAAGAUAAACACCUGUUGCGUCGACAAGUAAAGUUACUAUUGUUGGGAGCCGGUGAAAGCGGUAAAUCAACAUUUCUCAAGCAAAUGCGCAUUAUUCACGGUAUACAUUUUGAACCUGAACUUGUUAUCGAAUAUCAGCACAUAAUCUAUCAAAACAUUUUAAGAGGUAUGAAAGUAUUAGCAGAUGCUAGGCAAAAGUUGGGUAUACCAUGGGAAAAUCCUGAUAAUAAUAAAAAUGCUGAAUUUAUUUUGAGUUUUGACAAUCGCACCACUUUGGAUACACGAUUAUUCCUAUCAUAUGCUCCAUCAAUGUACUGCUUGUGGAAAGAUGCUGCUAUUAAAAGAGCAUUUGAACGAAGGAGAGAGUUUCAACUUAGUGAUUCAGUACAAUAUUUUCUUGAUAAUAUAGAAAAUAUUGCUCGAAGUGACUAUUUACCAACAAAUAAAGAUAUUUUACAUGCUAGACGAGCUACUAAAGGCAUUUAUGAAUUUACUAUUCCAAUAAAUAAUAUUCCAUUUCGAUUUGUUGAUGUUGGUGGACAAAGAUCCCAAAGACAGAAAUGGUUUCAAUGUUUUGAUUCUGUCACAUCAAUAUUAUUUCUAGUAUCCUCUUCUGAAUUUGAUCAAGUUCUUGUUGAAGACAGAAAAACAAAUAGAUUAGAAGAAUCAAAAGACAUAUUCGAUUCUAUUGUAAAUAAUGUAAUAUUCCGACGAGUUUCCAUAAUUCUUUUUAUGAACAAAACUGACUUAUUGGCUGACAAAUUAGAAAGAAGAGAAACAAAUAUUAAGCAUUAUUUUCCACAUUUUGCAGGAGAUCCUCAUAGUUUGCCUGAUGUACAAACAUUUUUAUUAGAUUUCUUUCGUCAAGCGAAACGCGAUCCCAGAAAAUCAUUGUUUCAUCAUUUUACAACUGCUGUAGACACAGAAAACAUUAAAGUUGUAUUUAAUGCUGUUAAAGAUACAAUUUUACAUAGAAACUUAGAAUCAUUAAUGCUUCAGUAACUUUUUGAUUUUAUGCCGGUUUUUGUUAAAUGUUUAUUGUAAACAAAACUAUGAACUUUUUUUUGUAA